CCCUUUCCCCGUCAGUUCUCUUUCGCCUUCAGUGAGGAACAGGUGUGCAGGAUUCGGGCUGCGGGAAUACUGGUGCGUGAGGCUCGAGGACAUUAGAGUGGAAUACCACCUCACGGACCUGCUAUAAAGUACAUAAACUGUGAAGAAGAAUCGCAGGAACCAUGGUUGAACUGACCCUCAAGCACCUGGUCGUGGCGGCGGCUGCCUUGGCGGUGGCCCUGUCUGCGUCCGCCGAGAGGAUUUCAGAGUGCGAUUUCCAGGCGUCCGUCCACAGCCCUGACGUGGUCGACAUUCGCUGCAACUGCAUGCAGAGGCUAAGACGGAUGGAUCUGUCGAUCGGCCAGCUGACCAUCGACCAGCGCGCCUGCCCCGAAAAGGGCCUGGAGCUGAACUGGCCGGUUCUCGAGACCCUCGUGGCGCCGACCUCCAUCGUCCUCGAGGGCGCGCACGUCUUCUUCGCCAGACACAGCCCCGACCGCCAGUGGAACUCCAGCAUCGUUAGUCUGGAAUUCCACGAGUGUUUAUUCGGGACGCCUCCGUCUUAUGCCUUCACCGGACUGAAGCUCCUGGAGACGAUACGCAUUUCUCAGAGCUCCAUCGACGUCAUCCAGACCGGCACCUUCAGCAACCUCAAUGAACUGCGUUUGAUUGAGAUCACAAACAGCUCCGUCGAGGAAAUACAGGAGAGGUCAUUCACAAACCUGCCGGCGCUCGAGGACUUGGCCUUCACGUAUACAAACUUUGGGGAAAUCAGCAGUGAAGCUGUAGUCCUGCCGCGCCACUCCAGCGGAGAUGAGGCUCGAUGCAACAAUUUAGGGCAGAUCUGUAUCAUACAACGAGGACAUCCUUCAUGGAAUCAUCGGUCGCCAGCUGCCAUCCACAGGUGA